UGUUAAAUAUGCUGUGUUAAAAUUGAUUGACUCUUUCAGAGCUAAUACAACAACAGACUGAGUAUAAUGCCACCUAGUGUUGGUGUAAAUUUCCAGAGUGUAUUCACGUCGUGUCAAUUUGACUCUGACAAGCUCCGCCCACCUCCUCCUCUCAAACCAACAAGUCUAACCGUUGUGUGGACGCCAUUUUUCUCCUGCUUGAACGACUGCGCAUCAUCCGAAGAAGGAUCUUGUCAACAAGGGCUUGGAGGACCAGCUGCUAGACGAGACACCAAGUUUGUUCCAGAGACUGUCCUGAGUGAAGAAGAGUGCAAGGAAGCCAUCACACUGAUUAAGCAUUCAGCUGAUGAGGACAAAAUCAAGAAGAUGAAGCUCACAUUUGACUUCCGGCGCAACAUGGUCCUUGACCCCCAACGGUCAAGCAACAUACUCUCUGUCUUUCCACGUUUCAAAGAUGUCAAAGGCUUGGUGGAGCAGGAUUUUGUCCUGAUGUUUGGAGAAGAUGUGUCUGGCAAGUUUCUGGAAAAAUGGACGACCACGUUCAAGAGAAAGAUCAUCCAACAAUGCAGGAAGCUUCCAACCACCAGUGACCUUGAAGAACUUCUCCUGGCAGCUGAUACUCCUGAGGAUAGCACUGAAGUGGAUGAUGACAUGAGUUGGGACAGUGACCUCUCAUCGAUUUUGCUGCUGCUACACCUGAUUCCCCCCUCUGCCUUGGGUCGUAAGAGACCAGGGAAGGUAUCUGCCUCCCAAGCAGAGAAGCGUCUUGUGGUCUUCAAGAAGACAGGAACCAACAUCCAAGAACAUCUUGAUGCCAUCACGACGAGCACACAACCCUAUCUCCUUGCUGUGGGACGGAGGAAGAAAGUAGCCCACCAGUUUCUUCAUCAUCCUUGA